AUGGUUUUCAGCAGAAACAUCGCCAAGGCUCUUUUCAUUGCCACCCUAGCCUACCAGGCUAUUGCAUCGCCAGUACCGGUUUCCAGGCGCGGUGGUGACGCUGCCUUGUGCAGUGACUCGUCAAACUCUGCUUUGUGCGACUCAUUCGACUACAAGCGUGAGGAGGACAUUAUUUCCAAGCGCGGUGGUGACGCUGCUCUCUGCAGUGACUCGUCCAACUCUGCCUUGUGCGAUUCAUUCGACUACAAGCGCGAGGAGGCCACUGUCGCUAAGCGUGGUGGUGACGCCGCCUUGUGCAGUGACUCGUCCAACUCUGCUUUGUGCGACUCCUUUGACUACAAGCGUAGUGAGGAGGUGUCUAUGGCCAAGCGUGGUGAGGACUCUGCUCUGUGCACUGACUCUUCCAAUUCCGCUUUGUGUGACUCGUUCGACUACUAA